GGACAAAUGAUUUUUUUUUUUCAAAAAAAUGAAAAGAAAUUCUGGGAAAAUGAAAAAAAAUUCAUGGCCAAACGGCCCAUGUAAACAACCCAAGGGUUUUUCCUCCUCAUCCUCCUACAAAAACCCCAUUUACACACACACAACUCCAACCGCCUUUGUAUUUUUUUUCGAGAGAGCUAGAGAGAGCCGCCAGCAGCAAAAUGGGAGUUUUCACCUUUAUUUGCAAAGAGUCAGGAGAUGAAUGGAGCGCUAAGCAACACAAGGGUGAUUUAGAAGCAUCUGCUUCUUGUACCUAUGAUCUUCAACGCAAGCUUGUUCAAGCUGCUCUUGCUUCUGACUCUUCUGGUGCUGUUCAGUCUUCUUUCUCCUAUGUUACCCCUUCCUCUGCUGUUUUCCAGGUGAUCAUUGGUGGUGGUGGUGGUGGUUUCGUUGGUGGUGCAGCAGCAGCAGCAGCUCCUUCUGGUGGUGCAGCAGCAGCAGCAGCAGCUCCAGCUGAGGAGAAGAAGGAAGAGAAAGAAGAGAGUGACGAUGAUAUGGGAUUAUCACUCUUUGACUAGAUUGUCAUUACUAUAUAUUAGUAAAUUCCUGUUUCUGCAUCUUUUUUUAGUGUCACUUUGUUGACCCUAAAGUUUUUGAUUAUUGGAUUAUCGGUGUUUAGGUGUCUAAUGCCAUUUGUGUUUUAUGGUUCCCA